AUGGAAUCAACACGUCUGCUGGCCAAAGUCAAACGGCGGAUCGAGACGUUGGUGCCAAAAGGCAAGCUUGCGGCGGCAGCUCAGAACGGCCAAAAGGCUGCGAUGCAAACGGAGGCCAGGAAGUCCUUUGUCGAGAGUUCGCCCGGCAGCGAGAUCGAAGAGGAGCAGACAGAGAACAGUGUCACGUCACCCACGUCCACGUCUACAUCACCCCUAACCGUACGGGAGGAAGCCGUCCAGCGGGACCAAAGCAAGGCGGCUUCGUUGAGGGCGGCGCGGGCCGGGGCGGUCUACUCGGGCAGCAAGAUGGCGGAAACUCAGAAAAGGUGUCUUGGGGCGAGCAAAGAUUCCCGAGCACUGCCUCUCAGUCUAAGAAAGCCUCGUACCGAUCACGUUCCAUUUAGGAGGUUGAGGAGCAGCUUCAACUGGAUGGUGAGACAUUCGGACAAGAGCCAACAGAAGUCGAACAGCAGAAGCACGGACAGCCCGGAGACCAGCAACAGCAACCAGAGCAGCUCUCGCCCGGUCUCUGUCAGAUUAGGGAGCAGUGCCAAUCCUCAGACUCUCCGCACAAAGCAGAGCACAGAGUGGCCAGCGACCAGUCAGGUCACGUCGAAAACUGGCUGCAGCACGUCAAGCACGCUGGUGGACAAGGGCUCCGAAGGCGGCGACAUCGAAGGUCGUUUGAGAAGAGAGACGAUCCACAAGCAGGUGCUAAAAUGCGCCACCGACGGCAAGCAGAUGGCGGGGAUCUGGGCCCGGUGGUACUGGAGUUUGAUCUCGCCAUGCUUUGAUCCGACAUCGCCAGUGAGAAAGCGACUUGACGGCAAUGAGUCAACAUGGAUGGAUUUCGGAUUGUUCCUAUUCGCGGUGAGCAGCGGUUUCAUGUUGUUGGCGGUGGCGGUCCGGACGGCGCAGGGGAUCGCACUGGUGAUGCAGACAGCGCAAGGAGUGCUGGGGGGGCUGAUUGCGAUUCUCGGUUCCUGA